AGUAUGUGCUGUCCUUGAGUGGCUGUGACUUUAAAUACAUUAUGAAAAGACAUCUGAAUACAUUCAGAAUCCAGUGAUUGUUGUAUUAAUGUAAACAUUGAAUCCAAAUAGGAAAUAUCUUCUAAUGUUGCUUGAUUGAAAUGCACUUUUGAUUAGACCACGCCAUCGGGUUCGGUUCAUCCAAUGCUGCAAUGUCCUAAUGUCAUACGUCAGUAGGUUCAGCACGGCAUGCUGCCUUGCACCUCUGCUCCGAGCUCACGCUGGGGGCAGAACCAGCCCUAAUUAAUUGAAGGAGGGAACCUGUUGAGGCUUCCCUCCCCAUCUUUGCCAUUAAUCACACUUCAUUUGAUGCUGCAAGUUGCCGCUCAGGACUCAAGUGCACUUCUCAGCAAAGGAGCAUCUCGCGGCAAAUUAGCGGCAGGAUGUCCAACAACAUGGCCAAGAUUGCGGAUGCAAGAAAGACGGUUGAGCAAUUGAAGCUGGAGGUCAACAUCGAGAGGAUGAUGGUAUCCAAGGCAGCAGCUGAUCUAAUGGCCUAUUGUGAAACUCAUGCCAAAGAUGACCCUCUGGUGACCCCAGUACCUUCCUCAGAGAACCCCUUUAGAGAGAAGAAAAUAUUCUGUGAAAUACUGUAAGACCAUUGUGGACAUUGAUAUUUUUAACCUUUGUUUUAAUAUGAAUGUCUUUAUUUUUACAACUGCUUCGUUGUGCUAUAUGGCACGCAGAGGAAUGAAUGUCCAUGUUUGAAACUGAUAAAGAUGGCAAUAAAGACUUUCUGCAAAAUGA